AGCACCCAGACAGAUCAUAGUAUCAUACCCACUACAAAACUCAAAUUCAAGACCCCCAAAUAUCGAACACAUCGAAUCUCCCAAAACCCGAUUGUCGAAAACAAAGAUCCAGCAAAAAAGAUGGUGCAUUCUUACACACCAGCCUACUACUCAUCACUCCAUGACUCCAUCACAUCUAUUUGCAAGAACAUUCUCCCGUUCUCUUUUAGGAAAAAGAGACUGCCGGCGAUAGCAGCUGCUGAGCAGAAGCUGUCUGAACACCAAUCGGAGAAUUUGAAGUGGCAGCAGAACUCGUUUCAUCAAAUCUUGAAAUUGAUUGGCUUGUGUAAGGAAGGGAUUGUGCCUGAUGAGGAGGUUUCUGCUUUUCGGACUCAUCUUCUCGAUACCCUUAUUUCUUCUCCGCUUGAUCAUGAACACGAGUUGAUUUUGAAAGAUAAGCUCAUCUUUUUGCAGGAGUUGCUUUAUGCACAAUGUAUAUCCGAAGAAGAGUAUCAUUCGUCGAAAAGGCCUUUGUUACAGAGACUGGCUGUUCAAGGAGCUGUGAUUGAGGCAAGACUUGUGAUUGCUGGGAAACCGAAAGAGAAAUCCGAAGAGGAAUGGUCAUCAAUUGACUUGAAGGAUGCAAAUUGCUUGAUUGGUAAAGAAAAAAUGAAUUUGGAGAGCAAAUCGAAACAUAAUUCAGCUAUUAAGCAAAUUAAAGAAGCUGCAUCUGUGCUUAGCUUUGUGUCACCGCAUAAAAGUGCAAAAUUUAAGGAAGACAAGGGGGUUUAUGAUCUUGACAAAGAGAAUUUCAAGUCAAGUGAUCAUAUAUUUUCUUCGUCUAAUUCUGAAAAGAAUGAAAUGAGGAUCUCCCAAGAAAACCCUUUCUGGAAUUGUCAAAUGAGGGAGAAAGAGAGUGAAACUCGGUCAAUUCUAAUGGCAUCGGAGAGUUUGCCUGAAGAUUUUCCGAAAAGUGGAGGUUCUAAAGUGAAGAAGAAGCCAUUUAGGACAUUAUUUCAAAGAGAAGGACAAGGUGGCGUGGAAAAUGGUAGCAAUGUGCUAGAGGAGAAAGAGCCGAAAUCUGGGAAGAAACAAUGGGGAUUUGAGGGUUUCAAGAAAUGGAAGAAAAGUGAUCCUUCUGAGGAUGAAACAGCCCCUUUGUCACUAAAUGAAAGAUCUGAUGGUGAAGCUUAUUUAGGAAAGCUUGUCGCGAGUCCAAUUGGAGAAGGACCUGAUACCAAGCAGAUAAAGAAGAAGCUGCAUUCUGAUGGUUCACCAUCUGAUUUUUUCGUUGAUAAGGUUCUUGGGGAUAAAAUCAGGAAGGAGCUUUUGCGGAUUCAAAAGGAACUUGGUGAAUCAAAUCCUAAUGCUCAGUUUACGAAUGACCAAAUUGAUGUAAUUUCGACUAGGCUUCCUGUGGACAAGGCAGAUUUAAAGAAAUUCUUUCCUAAGUCGUGGUGUGAUCGGUAUGGUGAUGUUGUGUUAAAUGUUGUCAGAAAGGAAUUCAAGGAUCAUGUCGGAGAGAUGAAAGCCAGUGGCAGGGAGAAGAAGCAGAGUCCUAAAAGAUGGGAAACAUUCGAUGAAGAUGAUGAUCAGAACUGUCAUCCCAAUCUCUUUGCUUCGUGUCAUGUCCCAAUCAAGCAAGCCAAUUCAACUCCACUGAACAGCGAUCGCCUUGCAUAUAGCAGCAGGCCAUACUGGUAGAUCCUUUGAAAAUGAAUUAUACUAUUGCAGGCUAGCAGUCAUGCUACUAAUACAUAUAUAAUUAUUAUCGGGUUUGUACAAUAUUUAUUUGUAUUACUUGCUGUUGUUUGUGUAUUGCUAAUGAAGAAUGCUCUCUUCAAGCUUUUGAGAUGUGUUAUGUUUAAAAUGAUGAUUCUAUUGUAUUAUAAGCAAAACCAUUAGUUCAGGUCAUUCUCGGGCCUCUCGGCUCAGUUUACAGAUGGUUAUAAUUUCAAGUGCUGCUCUGUGAUUGAUUGUAUGAUAAUUCUACAAAAUUUGAAGCAAAACCGUUUGUUU